GUCAAGUCCCCAGGCCGGCCUUGGAACAGGCACCUUGUUGGUCCCCAGGUCCCAUCGCGCGGUGAGACCCGGUCCCGUCUCUUUCCCAUUCCGUCGCAGCGCAUCCUCUUCAUCCCAUUCAGUUUCCUCCCUCUUUCAUCCAUCAACCAAGUCAACACACACUUCAAACACCAUCGCAACAUUCACCAACAGCUACAAUGAAGAUCUCAAACGCAUCGCUUCUUGCGCUGCUGCUCCCCGCGGCAAGCGCCCGCUUCGUUGAGCAGGCCGAGCAGAAUCGCGUCAUGCUCUUCCCUGAUGGCAUUCCUGAGGAGCCCAAGUCAACGACGAAGUACCACAUUGAGCUCUCGCCCGGAGACACCAGAUGGGUUACGGAGGAUGAGAAGUGGGAACUCAGACGUAAUGGCCAGCGCUUCUUCGACAUCACCGACCAUGCCGAGCUCGGUACUUUCAACAAGCGCCCCUACAAAAAGAGUGUCUUCCCAAAGAAGCCGACACAGAAGAAGGACCUCGAGCCAUUGCUCAAGAACCUGUCCAAGACUGAGAUGGAAGACCAUCUCACCACUUUCACCUCUUUCCACACGCGGUAUUACAAGUCCGAGAGCGGACGUCAAUCGAGCGAAUGGCUCCUCAAGCAAGUGCGUGACACCAUCAAGGCCGCUGGCGCCGACGAUACCGUUACUGCUCGCCACUUCGAGCAUGCUUGGGGUCAGAACAGUAUCAUUGCCACCAUUCCCGGCAAGACCAAUGCCACCGUAGUCAUCGGCGCGCACCAGGACUCGAUCAACCUUUGGCUUCCUUCCGUUCUCGCUGCCCCUGGCGCCGACGACGAUGGCAGCGGUACCGUCACUAUCCUGGAGGCUUUCCGUGUGCUGCUGCAGUCCGAGGACAUUAUCAAGGGCAACCACGAAAACACCAUCGAGUUCCACUGGUACAGUGCCGAGGAGGGUGGUCUUCUUGGCAGCCAGGCCAUCUUCACCACAUAUGAGAAGGCUCGAAGGGACGUCAAGGCCAUGCUCCAGCAGGACAUGACCGGCUUCGUAUCCCGCACCCUCCAGGCCGGUGAGGUGGAAAGUGUCGGUGUUAUCGUCGACUAUGUCGACCCAAACCUGACUGAUUUCAUCAAGAAGAUCAUUGUCGAAUACUGCGAUAUCCCCUACGUCGAGACCAAGUGCGGCUAUGCCUGCUCUGAUCACGCUUCUGCUUCCAAGGCUGGAUAUCCCUCGGCCUUCGUCAUCGAGUCUGCUUUUGAGUAUUCGGACAACCACAUUCAUACUACCGACGAUCUCAUCAAGUAUCUCUCGUUCGACCAUAUGCUUCAGCACGCGCGCAUGACUCUGGCUUUUGCCUACGAGCUGGCCUUUGCCGACUUUGCCAAGUUGGAGAAGGGACACGGUGAUCUUUAGUGAGGUAUUCAAGUUGGCAUAGGGUCAAUAUAGUAUAGCGCAGCUCCAUUUGGGAUAAGAGCGGUUUUGGGUUGGGAAUACCCAUGUUUUGUUUGGGUUUAUGGAUGGUUAUGAAUAAUGGCAGAUAGGAUGAACAUGAUUAUUAACUUGGUUCCGGGCGUUGAGCCAUUGCUCAGUGUCUCGCAGUUUGCUCCCAACGCCUGGUUUUUCGCACAGACUUUUCGAACACUACCUACCAUGAUAAGGGAUCCUGCG